AUGAGCAAGAAGUAUGUGUACUGGGAGAAGCAGGGCAACGACCGGAUGUGCGGUCUGCACUGCAUAAACGCCAUGCUGCAGGGCCCUCACUACAGCGAAGACGUCCUGGCCAGCAUCGGCAGAGAAAUCGACGAGAAGGAACGGGAGUUCCUCAAGUGCAGCGGAGGAGCUGGAGAGAGCGGUAUGAAUGACCUGAUGAGAAAAAAUUCCUCUAAUGUCUUGGACGACGGAUUCAUAAACAUUUCAGUCCUCAUUGAAUGUCUGAGGAGAAAAAACAUUUCUGUAAAAAAUACCUUCCAGGACGAUUUAAAAAAAAUUAUUUCAAGUGACCACCAAGACAUAGGAUUCAUUUGUAACCUGGCGCAACAUUGGUUCUGUAUAAGAAAAAUAUACAACACUUGGUAUGUCCUCGACAGCUUGAAGAGUGGCCCCCUGUACAUAAAGGAUAUUAAUUUGAAAUAUUAUUUCAACGACAUUAUUAAUAAGUACCAUGUGUUUUCUGUUCAGAACAUCAAUCCCUAUGUGUCUUUGCCCAAGGCGGACAUAAACUUUGAGGCGAAAAAUGCUAACCAGUUUUAUUUAUUAACAAGUGAAAUUUGUGAAAUAUCUGGUGUGUCUUCUAAUGGGUUUAUAAUGGAGGAAAGGGUUAAUUCUGGUAACCGUGGUGAGAAAAAUUCUUUUUUUGCCUCUAGCGCUCAUGACAAACCUAAUAAGUUUAAGUGGCCGGAGGGUGGGGGACGCAAGUUGAAUGACCAAGGGUGGAACGAUCUGACCGGUGUUGGUGGUGGAGGAGGAGGCCUGUUCCCCUCCGCUCCUCACGACGCAGACGACGAAUUGCAGAUGGCUCUGUUGCUGUCCAUGGAGGAGUACGCUAAGAAUUUGCCCCCACCACCAUCAGAAGAACCCGCGGGCGAAAACUGCAUUAACUUUAUGGUUAAAAUUUCCAAUAGGAAAAUCCACAGGCGCUUCUGCAACACGAAGACGUUGACGGACGUCUUCUACUGGCUUGAGUACGAGUCGGUCAGCAAUAAGGAGUUCGGCCCCUCUUUGCUCCUCAGGAGCAGCUACAACCUUCAUCAAAUAUACCCCAGGAGGAAGUUUUGCAAGUACCAGAAUGGUACCAUUGAGCUGCAUACAGGGGGCAAGGUGGAACAGGUGCAGGACACUCCCCUGGUGGACUUGAAGUUCGAAAAGGAGGAGACGUUUAUAUUGUGUUAG